AUGGAUACCUGUCUUUUAGCGGUUUCCGUGGGCGAGGAGACAAUUUCUAACAUAGCAGAGAAAGUAAAAACCUCCUCUGACAAUGCAGGCGAUAUUGUCAUGUUGGAAAUCGAUGUCAAGGAACCUGUGAAGAGAUCACCGACUUCAGACAGUGCAGAAUAUGGUAUUCCGUCCAAUCAAUAUAUUCUUCAUCCAGCUGAUGGUACACAAGAGCUGCCACCGGAAUAUUUAUCCGUAAUACAACAGUACGCACAGGAAGCGCCACAACCAGCUCCGCAACGCAGAAUACAGCCAGCGUAUGCGAAACAACAACAAAAUUUGCAACAAGCUUACUACAACUAUCGGAAACCUUCGGUAGUACCACCUAGGCCUCGUGCUCAACUUCAUCCUCAGGCGUUAGCUCAAGCCGAAGCAGGUCCUUCCGCGUAUCAAACAUCGUCCUAUGCUCAACCAAAAUUGGGAACAUUCGAACAGGAAUUGCUGCAGCUAGUGUCGGCAAAUCAAGCCCAAGAAUUCAAAUUGCUUCCGACUCAACCUAAAGGAAGCACAUCUGCUUAUUCGCAGCAAUUAGUAAAUUAUCCGGUGCAAUAUGCGAAGCAAAGUGUAGCAACAGCACAAUUACCUGAACAGUAUCAUAUUGAAACAUCUCCUCCCCGAUAUCAACAACAACAGCAACACCAGCCGAUACCUUCGUACCAAUCGAUCGAAGAACCUGUUCAAUACGAAGCGAUUCAGCCUGCCAAAUCAUUGAAUACUUCACCGCAAUACGAUUACACCGAUGACGAUUCGUAUCAGAAAGCCAUUGAACAGGCUCAAGCUCAAGCUCAAGCUCAAGCGCAAGCUCAAGCCGAAGCUCAAGCUCAGGCUCAAGCCCAAGCUCAAGCGGAAGCACAGGCGUUAGCCUACCAGAAAUACUCGCAAGCUGAAAUUAAAAAACACACCCAUAAUGCUUUAGAGAUUAUAAGGCUUUCAAAUGAACGUCAUAAACAACAGUCUGCUCUGGAACAAAUUCAGCAAGGCUCACAAGUAAGUAACGCUGGACGCUCUCACCUGCAAGAGCAAUUCCAGCCGAAAAGUGCUGAAGCUGCUUAUAGGGCAAAGUUGAAGGCUCAAGCAGCCGCGGAAAAUGCUGAAGCGAGGAAGCUACAGCAAGCGGCAGAAUUUAAGGCGCAUGCCGAUGCUAUUCGCAAACUCGAAGCUCAGCAACAAGCUCACCUGAAGAUACAGGAACAGGUUCACAAUUUUGCCUUAAAUUUUAAGGAACAUCAGAUGCGCGCUCAAGAAUUGGCACAAGCUCAAGCCGAAGCUCUUUAUAAGAAGCAACUUCAAGCUCGCAAUCAGGUUAACAAAGAAAUUAUAGCGAUAUCCAAGGGUCAAGUACAGGGAACGAAAGACGGUACCGGGUCAUCUGUAUAUCGGUUUACUCUUUCAACAACUACUCCUCUUCCAUUGCUUAAUAACUAUUUUACCAACGAUGAGUUGCAAAAAUACCAAGCAUCCGGUUCCUCGCAUGUCCCUAGAUCGGUUCCAAAACUAGACGGUACAAAUCCAGCCGUUGAGACGGCACAAGAUCACGCGCAACCUAUUAUCACGCAAUCACGUCAAAGUCACAAAUUAAAGAUCCCUUCGUCUUCUCAGCCACUUUACGUAUCUGAAUCCGGCUUAUUGAAAAAGUCACCUGUUAAAUCGAUAACUCUCGGUGAAGUAAUAGAACCGGAUCAGAUCAGCAAUCGGGCUGUUCAAACGGUGACACCUAAGGGACGUACUUUAACGGAAGAAGAUUUGUCAGCAUUGAUUAACGCAGGCUACACCGUUACUCCUAUAUCACAAACUGCCAAGCCUAUUCAGGCAAUAUACGCAGCCGAAAAUCCAUCCGCGGCUUAUUACCCGAAGAAACAAAAACUUUCAGUCGCAAGGCCUGAAUACGUAACUUACGAAGAAGUCAUUCAGCGUCCCCACAAACUUAUCAGAAAGAAUAGGCCGAUCCCGAAACGUGGUGAAAAAGAUGACGAUGCGAGUGAAAAGAUCACUUAUCUGGUUCCUCUCGAGCCUGUUUUUGGCACAAGACAGCCUCCGCUCAAACACGAAGAAUAAUUUCCUUCAAUUUGGCUUUUCUUUCUUAUCGUUGCAUCGAGUUUAAAAUAAUUACAGCAUAUAGUCCAAAUACUGUU